AGUAUGGAAAACAUGUUUCGCACUGCAGCAACAAGCGCCGAAGAGGAGCCCCGAGAACACCCGGCGAUGGAGAUGCGGGCGCGCGAAGAGACGGGGUUGGCGCGAGACAUGACCCCACCCAUUCCGCCCCUCGCCGCUGCCCUCCACCGCUGCUUCCUUCCAUCCCGUUGCUCCGCUUGCUUCCGACCACUCGAUUCCUUCCUCCCCUGCGCCGCCUGCCGAGGCGCCUCUCGCUACUGCUCUGCCGCCUGCUCCGCUGCCGACUCCUCCGCCCACGCCGCCAGCGGCGAGUGCUGCCUCCUCCGCGACCACCAUCCUGACGGCGACACCUCCGACCUCCGCGCGGCGCUCCGGCUCCUCCACUCCCUCGAGACACUAGGGAUGGGGAUUCUCCCGCCCGCUUCCCUCCCCGACCAGCCGCGCCGGAUCGCCGGCUUGCUUGCGAGCGAUCUCGAGAAGGUUCUGGAGGAAGGAGGGGAGGUGGCGGAGAGGAUAUUGGAGGGGGCGGCGCUGAUGUCGCUCGCGAGGGGUAGGGGUCGAUCGCGAGAGGCCGACUUCGACGGCGGGGCGGCUUCCCCGGAGGUGGUGCUCUGGGCGGUGCUAAGGAACUCCGUGGAGGUGCAUAUUAGCGAGGUCGGCGCACUCGGGGUCGCGGUUUACGGCCCGGGCUUCUCUUGGUUCAACCAUAGCUGCGUGCCCAACGCUUGCUACCGGUUCGAACUGGGUUACCGUUACGGAGAACCCGGUCCAGUUACGCCGGAAUCGUUUCUUGCCUCGUCUGCUGCGGCCGGAGUGGCAACAGAUGCGUGGAAUGCAUGGAUUUAUGGUGAAAGCAGAUUGGCUUGUGUUUCUUUAUUAGGAUUCUCCAAAUUUGGGCCAAGGGUUACUGUCCGGAGCAUAAAGCCAAUCAUGAAAGGCGAAGAGGUUUGCGUUACGUACGUCGACCUGCUACAACCCAAGGUCGAGAGACAAGAUGAUUUGUGGGAAAAAUAUCGAUUUGUUUGCUGCUGUGGACGAUGUGGUGCAUCAUCACCAUUAUAUAUGGAUUUUGUUCUGAAUUGUGAUGCUAGGGAAUUGAGCCUAGACAACUGCAGUAACAGCACAGAUCCCUGUUGUGAAGAAUUUGCUGAUAUACUAGAUCAAGCUAUAGCUGAUUACACAUUAGAUGAGAAUCCUGAAGCUUGCUGUGAGAAGCUUGAAAGCAUGCUUUUCUGUAGCUCUCAAGACAAAGAGUUUCAUGCUGGAGGAAGAAUCAAAUUGCAUACUCUUCAUCAUCUUCCUCUUAAUGCAUACAUCACCCUGUCAUCUGCAUAUCGGACACGUCUGUUCAACUUGCUUGCCAUCUCUUUGGAUGAAGGUAACAAUUCUGAGGCCUUUAAGAUGGGCAGAGCUGCUGCAUCAUACUCUUUGCUACUUGCUGGCACCGUGCACCAUUUGUUCUUGUCUGAACCCUCCUUGAUAGCAACCACUGCACAUUUCCUUGUAAGUGCAGCUGAAUCUACAUGCGGCAUUCUUAGAAUUCCAGGGUGGUCACUAAAUGCAAAUCAAUGCAAGUCAGACAUUGACUCAGUAUUAUGUCAUUAUCAGAGUAUCAUGAUGGAACAUUCAUUGGAUGAGUGCAAGGCAACAUCAAUGAGGUUUCUGGGAUGUAUUUCAGAAAUUCUAUCAAGAACCUGGCCGUUUUUAACUGAAGGUUUGCCUUACUUGGAAAGCAUAAACAGCCCAGUAGAUUUUAGUUGGCUUGGUCCGAAUGUCAUAAAUCCUCAGUGUUUUGCCAAUCCGAGAGGGAUAUCUGACUUCAUUAAUAAAGAUCGCUCUGGGUGUAGACAUCAUGAAGAUAUAUUCAUCGAAGACAAAAGGAGGUUCUUGUUUCAGCUUGUUGUUCAUUGCUUCGCUUACGGUAGAUAUCUGGCAAGCAUAUGCUAUGGACCACAAUGCAAUUUGGCAGAUCAUGUAGAGAUUAUGCUUCAUGGUUUUUUAUGAUUGUUAUUUGAUCCAUUGACUAUUCAGAAGACCUUUUCACAAGCCAUAUUAUUGUCUUUACUGUCACAUAUACAAUUAACUAAUUGUGUAUGUGAAUCUCGAGUCAUUACUUGGUCAGAAAUGAAAUAUAAAUUCUUGGUGCAACUCUGUUUCUAUGACUGCACAUCCGGAUGACGUGUCAUCCAAAGCUCUACUGUGAUGGCAUCUGAAAUGCUGUUGCAAAACGCCGGUCAGGAGCAUUAACACAAGUCUCUCUGCACUCAGACCGCCAUCAACCUGUCACUUUUAUAAGUCGACUGGGUGAGGAAAACUGAAAUGAGAUCAUGAUCUUUCCAGAGUCCAACAAGACUCGUCGUGAUGACUAGGAAGCAUAACGAGUUCAAG